AUGACUUCAAAAGUAGAAAAUCAAUGGUUCGAAAAUUAUUUGAAGAAUGCACAGUUGAUUGGUAGUCGUUGUGGAAAAUCAUCGUCGACAAAGAAAAAUAAUCCAUUACAUAAACAACCACUAACUAAAUAUAAAACUGGAGACAAAUUUCGUUUAAAAGUUGCAAAAUUAAGUCUUGCAAAAAAAUGGUCACAAAUAAAAGAAGAAUGGAUAGUUGUAAAACCAGUUGAUUUAUUCAAGCAAAGUAAUCAAUGUCUAUGUGGACGAGGUAAUUUAAAAUUCGUAACCUAUUUAAAAAAUAUUAAAACUCAAGCAGAAAUUACAGCAGGCAAUCAUUGUCUAUUAACAUUAAAACGUUCAAUAUAA